GAGCGCACCAAAUCGUACGCAGCAAGCAGCACAGAGGCAAAAAGAGGGAAACGGGAAAGGAACUUGAUCGAUAUGUCUACCGUCGCAAGGACUGGCGAGUCAGCCGGCAAAGUUCUGUCGCUGUAUCGUCAGCUUUUGCGCCAGGGAAACCAGUUUUCCUCUUACAACUUCAGAGAAUACGCCAAGCGCCGCACAAGAGACGCUUUCAGGGAAAACAAGAACGUGGAGGAUCCUAGACAGGUGCAGGAACUUGUGCAGAAAGGGUUACAGAAUCUCCAGAUGCUCAAGCGCCAAACAGUUAUCAGCCAGUUUUACCAACAGGACCGCUUGGUCGUUGAGGGCGGGCUCUCGGGUAAGGAUAAAGAAGGAGGUAAGCUCAGGCAGAAGGAUACUGGCUGGGACUAAAUGGCUGCAGACGAAAAUCUCUGUUUAGUUGUCGCUUUGCACGAAUGACACCGGAAGAAGAAAAGCUAUGUAUAAUACUAUGAGUGAAGGGUUGGCGAAGAGUACACCUGUUCGAGCCCGCAGGAAUGAUGACGCGAUACCAAUACCAGCUUUGAUUUAGCAGGCUAACAAGUCCAAAGGUGGUGGUCUACGGGGCUUCUCUGAUAGCAGAGGAUAAUUAAAUCAGUUACC